AUGUUGCCUGAACAGCGACCUCUGUUGUAUGCAGGCGAGAACAGCAACUCCAACGACGGCUGCAUGUCGGGCUCCGUUCCGACGUCGCUGGCGGGCGGCGUGGGAGGCGGCAUCGGCAACGGCGGCGGCGCCAGCAAGAAGAAGCACCGCCGCAACAGGACCACCUUCACCACCUACCAGCUGCACGAGCUCGAGCGCGCCUUCGAGAAGUCUCACUACCCGGACGUCUACAGCCGCGAGGAGCUCGCCAUGAAGGUCAACCUGCCCGAGGUCCGCGUACAGGUGUGGUUCCAGAACCGGCGCGCCAAGUGGCGGCGGCAGGAGAAGAUGGAGGCGGCGCGCCUGGGGCUGGGCGAGCUGCCGGGCGGCUGCGGCGUGCGCGCCGGGGGCGGCGCCGGCGUGGGCGUCGGGGGCGGGCCGAGCCUGGCGCUGCCCGUCGACCCGUGGCUGGCGCCGCCGCUGCUGUCGGCGCUGCCCGGCUUCCUGGCGCACCCGCACACCGGCUACCCCAGCUACCUCACGCCGCCGGAGCCCGCCCCCGCGCCCGCCCCCGCCUCGGCGCCGCGGCCGCCGGACCCGCGCUCUUCGUCCAUCGCCGCGCUGCGCCUCAAGGCCAAGGAGCACGUCGAGUCCAUCUCGAAGGGCCUGCAGAUGGUCUAA